UGCGAUGUGGAUUUGAUGUUAUACAGUUCCAAGUUCAAGGAGUCAUUCAUUCUGUCAUUGUGCUGGAUAAUUCCUUCUGAUUUCGUUUUAUUCAUUCCGGUAAUUGCAGCGAGGGGGAUUUAAUUUAAUUAAUUAGUGGAAGUGAUUAAUGUUCUCAGUGAAUUUUUAGGCCAGACGUAUUGGGUAUUUUUGGAGUAAUUCCGAGUCGUUCAUCAUUUGUUGAUACACAGCUGUGUGUCAAUGGAAUUCUAACCUCAUCUGCAUUAUUUAGUUUCUCCUGUAACUAAAUAGUCGAUUGAUUAUUAAAUACUAAUUAAUGCCUGAUUGAUUGAUCAUUGUUAUGACAAUUAUGAGUGAUGCUGCGGCUAAGGCGAAAUUACGGAGUGCCAGGAUUAAAGCUGCCAAAGCUGCCAAAAAACUUCCAACUGCUAUUCUCCUUCAGAGAAAAGUGGAAUGUGAUGCAAAAGCUCUGAAAAUUGUGGAACGUUUGAUAGAAACACAGGUCGAAGAGGAAUGGCUACUCCAAAACCUUGGACAGAUAAAUCGUUCUCACUUAGAGGACGUGAUCGAGGAGAGAGCUAUUCUGAAGCUUUGUGGUUAUCCUCUGUGUGACAAUCCCCUGACGAAAAUAGUUAACAAACAGUACAAAAUAUCAACUCUCAGAAAUAAAGUUUACGAUGUCCAACAAACGAAGAAUUUCUGCAGCUUCUGGUGUUACUCAGCAACUGAAUAUCUUCUAGAACAAAUGUUGACAAGUCCUCUCUGGUUAAGAGCUGAAGAAGAAAUUCCUUCAUUUAUUCUCUUUGAUAAACCGAAAGCGACAGUAAAAAAUCCACCGGGUGUUGAAGUCAAUAUCGUUGGACUCGAUCUUCCACCUGAUCGAGAUUGUCCCUCAGGGAGGGAAGAAAAAAUUCCCAAAAUAUCAGAUGAAAGAAAUUCAGAAAUCUCUGAGGAAGUCCGAAACGAGGAAACUUGCGAUGAAAUAACCGAGAGAUCAUCAGAAGAUUCUAAUAAAUUAUUAGAGAAAAAUCGACCGCCUUUUGAGUUCUCCAAUCAAUCAUCAGGAAUAACUGGGCAUCAAUCAAACAUUUUAAAAACAGAAACGACUGCUUCAAAGUCCGAAUUAGAACUAAAAAAUUCACUUACGAACUCAGAGAUAACCGAUUCAUUAAUUGAUUCGGAGAAAAAAAAUCUAGAAAAAUCUUUAGAGGCUGAAAAAUCCUUGCCUGAAAGACCUAAAAAAUCUGAAUUCACAAAAAAUGCAGAUAAAAUAAAAAAACUGAAAAAGCGACCAUCAGUGUCUUUUGCAUCCAUCACAUCUCGAGUGGAGCAGAGCAUCACAGAAUGGAUAACAAAACACACAAUCGACCUCCUCCACGGGGACGAAUCAACCAAGCAAAAACUACUAGAAACCUUAACCCAGCAAGACAGAUACGGCGAGCUGUGCAAAAAGCUGAAUACUCUCCAACUGGAGGAAUCAAAAGAGGAUCGAGUCUCAGCGAUUCAGUCCUCAUUCCUCCAACCAGCGCCUCAUUUUUCAGUCCUAAAAGAGGAGGCUGAGACGUUAGAGGUCAAAGUACGAGCAUUUUACCAUGGCAGUACAGUAAUCGAACCUCCACCUCCAAAAGAAACAACGGAUGAAGAAGAAGAAGAACCGAAAGUUGUUCCACUGACAUCAGCCCACGCCCCCAUCGCUUUAAGACGCAGGAUUUUCCUCGAUAAAUUGAAUAAAGUCCUCCCCGAUCUACUGAGGGCCUUAUCAGGUCCAGGUCAGUAUCAACACGCUUAUACUCCAGACAAAUUAGCAAAGGUGAAGGCGUUAGUCAGUACUUUUAAACUCUCAGCUACGAAUAUUGUGUUUAAAACAGCGGAAUGGACACUAGUUGCUUUUUUAAUAAUUAAAAUACUGAGUAUCAUGGAUGUUAGUGUAAAAAAUCUGUUGUCCUCGAAGCAAGCCACGAUGUACACGUCAAUGAUCCUUAUGUCUUAUCAAUUAGAUUCUCAUUAUUUGGAUAGAUUAGUUGCCUCAUUAACAUUGAAGGAUUCAACUGAUAAUGAUAAGGAAAAUGGACAUUUAUCCGAUUUCUGAUGAUUUUUACAUGAAUAAAUUUAUU